AUGUUAAUUCUUAGGCGUUCUGCCCACUGCUUGGCAUUUUGGGUCGUUCUGACAAGGUACCUCUCAUCGUGCGCAACAGAAAACUUGGAUGAAUGCUAUGAAAAUCAUAAUGCGCCAGAAUUUGCCGUAUAUGAUGAAACAUCACCUGCGAAUAUGCCCGACAUUAUAGCAGGAAAUUCCUCGCUUGGACUACACGGCAGACUGGCGAUCGUCACAGGCGGAGCAAGUGGAAUCGGCAGGAGCGUUUGCCUAGUUCUGGCUCGUGAGGGCGUGACAGUCGUAGUGGCUGACAAAAACUCAACGGGUUCGAAUAUAACUCUCGAAAUGAUGAAAGCCAUUUCAGGAAACCAAAGUGACCACAUGACCGCUUUUGUUGAUGUAAGAAACUCAACCUUGGUGAAAAACAUGUUUGACUGUGUCAGGGAUGCCUACCCUGAUAAGAACAUCAGCAUUGUGGUGAACAGCGCCGGCAUCCUGCACAAGCCGAGGCCUCUGGUGAACUUGUCUGAAUGUACCUAUGAGAAUACAAUGAACACCAACUUAAAGGGAACGUUCCUCGUCACACAGGAAGCUGUGAGAUCCAUGCUGAGUGACAACGUCACACUAGGGGCCAUCGUGAACAUCGCUAGCAUAGUCGGCAAGGGUGGCUUUCCCACUGCGAGUGUAUACGCAGCGUCCAAGGGCGGCAUCAUCGCGUUCACAAAAUCCGUGGCUCUUGAACUCGCAACAAAGGGCAUCCGAGUCAACGUCGUCCUGCCGGGAGGUGUACACACGCCUAUGUCUCACCAAUGGUCUAAUGAAACCAGGCGAGAGAGAUUGGCAACCCUAGUACCCAUGAAGCGGUACGCAGAUCCCAUAGAAAUAUCGGAAAUGAUUGUCUUCUUGUGCAGCAACAAGACCUCUUAUAUGACAGGGGCGCCCGUCGACAUAGCGGGAGGAUCGUACAUGUAG